AUGAAGUGCGUACCAUCUCAGACGCCCCGUGCUCUCCGAGUCAGCCAGACCCCUAUUUUAAGCGCACGAAAUGUCCUGACCACAGGGUCCUGUCCGCUACAAACGUCUCGUGCCAGAUUCUCCACAACUCAUCCACGACGCAAUGGACCUUUCAUAUCUACCUAUGGCUCCAACGAAUUUCUUUCCCGGAAGCAUCGAAUCAGAACCGACCCUUCACCAUCUUCAGAGCGUGCUCGACUGAUACGGAGAAGCAAGAUCGCAGGUUUUGGCAUCAUCGUUUGCGCGGUGUGCAUAUUUGGCAUAAUCAAGUCAGGUGCCAUUCCAGAGCCAUCAAAGAACAAGAAAAGGCAGACACCCAGUGAAACUCAGCUUGAUGGGCCUGCCUCGAUAGUCCCUGAUACUUCCUUGCAGGACAAGGCGGAGCAAGUAGCCACCGGCACAUCUACAGUCCCUACAUUUCCAAAGACAAUACAUCUUUCAUCGCUCGAUGCGCCAGCGAAUGCAUCCGUUGUAGACAAGGGAAAACAGGAGUACCAGCUCGUUGGAUUGGGCAUACGUACGGUAUCUUUCCUCGGCAUUCAAGUGUAUGUAGUAGGUCUCUACAUAGCAGUUCCAGAUAUUGCCACACUGCAGGAACGAUUGGUGAGGAAGAUGGAUCCAGUGGCUACAACAUUGGUACCUGGCGAGCGGCAGAAGCUGAAGGAGCUUUUAAUGGAUCCAGUAAAGGGCGAAGAGGUGUGGGAUGAGAUACUUAAAGAUGGAGGCAUCAGAACCGCUUUCCGGAUCGUACCUACAAGGAACACCGAUUUCAUGCAUCUGCGGGACGGAUGGGUGAGAGGAAUCACAGGAAGGACACAAGCCCGGACUGCUGCAGGUGACCAAUCAUUCAAUGACGAAACAUUUGGUGCCAGUGUCAACGACUUUAAGGCUAUUUGGGGCUCUGGAGCAAGAAAGUCUUUGCCUAAAGGGGGAACGUUGAUGCUGACAAGGGACGCUCAAGGGAAGAUGGCUGCAUGGAUCGAGGAGAAACAAGGCAGCUUGAGGUUGGGAGUAGUCAACGAUGAAAGGAUCAGCCGAUUGAUUUGGCUGGGUUAUUUAGCCGGCAAGAACGUGAGCAGUGAAGGAGCACGCAGGAGUGUAGUCGAUGGCGUUAUGGACUUCGUGGAAAGACCUGUGGGAACGGUCGCACAGCAGGUGGUGUAG